AUGAAGACACAAUCCAUUCUCCUCGCGGCUCUUGCUGCCGUGCCUUCUGUCAUGGCGCACACUGUCUGGUCUGUACUGUAUGUCGAUGGAGAGAGUCAGGGAGAUGGUGCCGGUAUUCGUAUGAGAAAGGACCCUGCCAAAGCCUCUUUCCCUCUCGUCGACUACAGCAGUGACGACAUGGCCUGCAACGUGGACGGAACCAAAGGAGUCAACUUCGUCAACUCUGUCAACGACGGGUCCACUCUAACCUUCGAGAUGCGAUCCUGGCCCGAUGACCCAUCAAAGGAAUCUCUCGAUAGAGGCCACUACGGCCCCUGUGCCGUCUACCUGAAGAAAGUCUCCUCUGCCAUUGAAGACAAGGGCGCCGGCGACGGCUGGUUCAAACUCAUGGACGACGGCUACCACGCCGACACCGACAAGUGGUGCACCGAUCGCCUCAUCGACAACAACGGCCGUCUCUCCGUGGAGCUCCCCAAGGGUCUCGAAGGCGGCUACUAUCUCGCUCGUCCCGAAGUCGUGGCUCUGCACAAUGCCACAAACGGCCAGGCCCAGUUCUACACCGGCUGCGCCCAGAUCUUCCUCGCGAGCUCGGGAAGCCUCGUCCCAGAGAGCACCGUCGCGAUUCCCGGCCCAGACUACGUCAGCGCAGGCCAGUCUUCAGUCCAGUUCAACAUCUACAUGGGCAAGAACGCAGAGUACCAGGUUCCCGGCCCGGCGGUCGCCAACUUCACGCACAACGCGAACGUCGCUUCUGACGCACAGACGAGCCAGACAGAGGGUCUCGUGCCCGACUCCUGCAUCGCCCAGAGCGCGAACUGGUGCGGCAAGGAAGUCGCCUCGUACACAGACGAAACCGGGUGCUGGGCCUCAGGCGAAGACUGCUGGACGCAGGGCAAGGCAUGCUGGGACCAGGCGCCUGCGACCGGCGGCAGUGUCUGCGAGCUGUGGAACGACAAGUGCCAGGACAUGAACGACCAGUGUAAGGCGAAGAACUUCAAUGGGCCGCCGAACAAAGGAAAGAGUCUUACGCCCAAGCGCGAGACCAUCGACAUCGGCUUGAUUAUCAAGCCUGUGGGCGGCGGCAACGUAGAUGACUCUACGGCGCCUCAGUCGUCCGCUGCUGCUUCGUCGUCCGCUGCUGCAUCGCCCUCCACCCCUGCAGCGCUCAAGUCUACUGCACCGGCGCUCGCAUCUUCGGCUUACGAGCCUAAGUCUUCUGCUAUUGAGACGCCUGUUCCAUCUUCUACCCUCGCGUCCUUCGUUGAGACACCUUCGUUCUCCUCCACGGUCUCGCUUCUCUCUUUCGCAGGCGGCGUGUAUAACGACGCCUCCACUUCUACAACUUCCAGUGUCGUAAAGCCCACAGUGACGUCCACCGUCAAGGUACCCGCCUCGGAGUACCCCGCUGCGCCGGCGCCGACGCAGGCGGCUAAGGAGGAAGUGAACGAGGACGGUGUCGUUGUCGUUACGAAGUAUGAGGUUAAGGUUGUGACGGAGACGGAGUAUGUUACCCUCACCGCUGGGGGAUAUAGACACAGGAGGCAUAGGAGGCACUAG